CAACCACUGCAGAUUACGAACAAUUCUGCUGUGAACGCUCGUACUAAAUCAGAACUGCAGUGUCGAAACAAAAGCCUCGUGCCGCCGCCACCCACCCACCAAAGUGCAAGAUUCCAACUACAUGUGCCACUUUUGGGUCGAAGUCUAAGACGGGUUUCCUGCUCUGUAUGUGUGGGAGAAGGGGAGGAAGAGAAAAGCAGAGGAAGAGAUAACAAUGGUGGAAAUGAAAGGAACGCCAGCUGAACAUGGGUUCUAUAUGCCUGCAGAGUGGGAACCCCAUUCACAGUGUUGGAUGGGUUGGCCUGAGCGUCCGGAUAACUGGAGAGACAAUGCAGUGCCUGGUCAAAGUGCAUUUGUCAAGGUAGCAGCUGCAAUCUCAAAGUUUGAACCUGUGACUGUCUGUGCUAGUCCCGCUGAGUGGGAAAAUGCACGAAGUCAGCUACCAGAUCAUAUAAGGGUUAUUGAAAUGAGUAUGAACGACUCUUGGUUUCGUGAUUGUGGGCCAACCUUUGUCAUUGCUAAAUGUAAAUCAAAUUCUGGCGCGUUGGAGCCAAAGGUUGCUGGAAUUGAUUGGAACUUUAAUAGCUGGGGAGGGGUUGAUGAUGGUUGCUAUGAAGAUUGGAGUCUUGACCUUCUCGUGACGAGGAAGAUUCUGGGAAUUGAGAAGCUUCCAAGGUUUCCACAUUCUAUGAUUCUUGAAGGUGGAAGCAUCCACGUCGAUGGAGAAGGGACUUGUCUCACCACUGAGGAGUGCCUCUUGAACAAAAAUCGAAACCCCCAUAUGACUAAGGAACAAAUAGAGGAUGAACUUAAAGCAUAUCUUGGAGUCAGCAAGAUUAUUUGGUUGCCUCAUGGAUUAUAUGGUGAUGAGGAUACUAAUGGUCAUAUUGACAAUAUGUGCUGUUUCGCAAAACCUGGUGUGGUUUUGUUGUCUUGGACUGACGAUGAAACAGAUCCACAGUUUGAACGAUCAGCUGAAGCCUUUUCUAUUCUCUCAAAUACCACUGAUGCCCGUGGUAGGAAAUUAGAAAUAAUUAAACUCCACGUACCUGGGCCACUUUAUAUGACAGAUGAAGAAGCUAAUGGAAUUAAUCAAGAUGGCAAUGCUAAACCCAGACCUCCAGGAACAAGACUUGCUGCUUCCUACGUAAACUUUUACACUGCCAAUGGAGGAAUCAUCACACCAGAAUUUGGGGACCGAAAGUGGGAUGAUGAAGCUGUUCGUGUCCUGUCGCAAACCUUUCCGGAUCACAAAGUGGUAAGAGUUGAAGGUGCAAGGGAGAUUGUUUUAGCUGGUGGAAAUAUCCAUUGCAUCACUCAGCAACAACCAGCCGUUCCAACUCGUGCUGCGGAAUAAUAUAAAGGGUAAACCACAUAGCUUUCAUUAUCACAUCUAUUUGGAUUAUACCUGCUGAGGAGGUGCAGAAACACUCAAUAGAUCAUGGUUGGAUCCACAUAUGUUUGGUAAAACGAAUAAUCUUCUCCUCUGAGAAUAAUCAAAAAAGGAAAGUGUUCAAUUGGAACAGGAAAAUGUGAAUGAAUUGGGCCUAGUUAUCCUCAUGACGGAGUGGAAAAUAUGCAGGGGAUGCAUCUGCAUAUGUAUGAUAUUUAGCUUACUACUAGGCUCUUCUGUUGUGGUAUUUCUAUUUUUAGCUGAUUAGUGUGGAGUGUUAAGAGUUUGAGCUUUUACAAGUUGUGAUGAUAUUCAAUUUUAGUUGAUUAGCAGUUUGAAUUUGCAUUC